AUGGUCGCUGCUCGGUAUAGUUCAUCCGUAGUAUACAGUUGAACGCGUGUGCGACGGUCAUUGCGUUGUCAAAUGUGAACUGUUAAAGUUGUCACAUUAUUAAAAAAUGACAGAACAAUUUAAGAGAGACUAGUUAUGCAUCGGCAAUUGCAGAAAUUCUCGUCGAGUAUUAUAAUUUACGUCCUGUUUUCCACGGAAAACGUCGUGUUUACUGAUGAGAUCUGUCAGACUCUCCAGAUAACAGACAAUUGUUUUAUUUAAUCCUUAUCGUGAUUGUUGACGAUGAUUAUCCGCGGCGCGAAUCUAACAAGAAUCCGAUAAUGGUCUUUCAUAUUUUAUUAUUGCCCCAGACAAGCUUGAUUAUUUAUAGAUAUUGUUCGUAACACGUGCACAAAUUGAAAACUGUGUCUUCGUACUUUGACCAUCUUUAAUUAUUACUCCGUUUAGUGAUAGCCACUUUGUGAUCAUUAACUAACCGCAAGUACUUAAUAGCUAUCACAUUCGUAAAUAUAUAAUUGUGUUGCGCUUGUUAAAGUUUUUUAAUUACAGCUUUGAUCAGUACAUAUAAAUCGUUAUAUACUGAAAUUGUAUUACAAAAAACUGUGACAUUUAUCUUUUUUAAUUUUUAAAUUACUAGUGUUCCGUAGAGGAUCGUGAAUCUCAGGAAAUAAUUACUUCGAGCUGUACAAUAAACGUUUUACUUAUUUAUAUCAACUGCAACAUAUUAUGACUAUUAAUGCCAAAAUACAUCAAUUGAUAUUUAUUGACGUGUUUAUUAAAAGAGCCAAAUAUUAAAAGACUAAAUGUUUUAAUAUGAUAACAUAUAUAACGUGGGGUAAUAGACCAAAAAUAAUUCUUUGCACAAAAAAAUCCCCAACAAUGUAUCGAGUAUCAUUCACAACCAUUGCAACACAAAACCACAUGAAAUAAGAGAAAUAAUUUCUAAAUCUCCGACGAUUUUAAGUAAAGUCACUUCGACGUUCCAAAUCUCACUAAACUCUGACAUAGGUAUAAAUAUAUAAGUCAAUUAUCGAAUUUCUCAUUCAAGAGAAUUAAGAAGAGAACGGAAAUAAAAUAAUAACCUAUUAUUUCACGACGCUUUAAAUAACUGAAUCUUCGAGUCGACAAUCAACGAGUUUUGUGCGCGAAAGAGAAGAGAUUUAUGUUCAACAUAUAAGAGCAGAUCAAAAUCGAAAAUUUGUUUGGUUUCGAAGAAGACAUUGGUUCGUCAGGUUCGAAAAGUCAUUAUGGAAGUGAGCGUGGAGGAAACUGAGCUUGAUGUCGGCUCAGCGAGUGACGAGCUGGAAUCGUCGGUGGUGGAGCCGAAGAUCACGCGACGCCCGACGCCGCGGCCUUUCACGAUCGAGAGUUUGAUCGGUAACGCGCGCGAGGACCGUGACACCGGCGGCGGCAUCACGCGGGACGAUCGAAUCAACGGCAGUGAGGAGGAAGAACACAGAGACAGGGAAUAUCAGCUGUAUCAGAGGCAUUAUUUAGCGACCGCCGCAGCAAGCACGCUACCUUCAGGAUUUGGCGUGCCGCUCGGUUUGUAUAGCGCCUGGCUACCGAUGCGGAUGUACGGUGGCAGCGGCGCAUCCGGUGUUCCGAUGCUGCCGCCGCAGCAUCCCUCCGCGAGCUACCCCGCUCACUCCGAGUUGCAUCAUAGUCGACUGCCGCAUCCCACCGCACCGGCGUCCGGUCAUACACAAGGAUACUAUCCGCUUGACGGUUGCCGUCGCACCGCGAAUCAACGCGCCCCAAGCAGUUUCACAGAUAGCGAAGACGAGGAGGGCAGCGUCGGCUCGCCAGCAUCCCCAGCUCACGACCUCUCCAAGUCGCGGCAUGGAUCCGAAAACGGUCGCGCAUCAGCCGAGAGCGAUGAAGAAGGUGGCGGGGUCGCGGGUUCUGGCGAGGGUCACGAUGUUUCAGACGGUGUCGUCAGUGGCGCGGGCAGUGUCGCCACAAGUCCCAGUGGGUCCUUAGAAAAUGGACAAAGUUCGUCAGCGUCCAAUGCUAGCGGUAACAAGGCUCGGCGACGACGCACCGCCUUUACUUCAGAGCAGCUGCUGGAGCUGGAACGCGAGUUUCACGCAAAGAAGUACCUGAGCUUGACCGAACGCUCGCACAUAGCGCACGCGUUGAAACUUUCCGAAGUGCAGGUGAAGAUCUGGUUUCAGAAUCGACGCGCCAAGUGGAAAAGGGUGAAAGCCGGGCUGAGCGGAGGCAGCGUAGGCGUCGGUUCGACGGGAGCGACUAUGGCACCCACCGGGGCUACUGGUCGUCACAACGGCGCAACGGGCCAACACACAUCCGGUACCAGGAUUGUGGUGCCUAUACCGGUGCACGUGAGUCGUUUGGCGGUUCGUUCUCAUCAUCACCACCUGGAGAAGUGCGCGAGAGCGCCGCGCGCAAGACCGACGCAACCUUCGAGUGAGGGUGGCUCUUCGGGUGCGGUGUCUUCAGUGUUGGGUGAUACUCUAGGACUAGUGAACUCGUCUGUAAAUCUGCCCAGCCAGGUGCAACCGCCUCUGGGCGCCGGAAUGGGGGUGGAAAUCGGGGUCGGGAGUGGUUUGAGAGCAUUUGCUGUGCCAGCGCAUCGAGCCGGUCUCGGAUCGUCCGGGAGGUAGUGUACGUCAUGGAUGAUGAACUUGGAUGUCUGGUAUUGCGGGGCGCGAAAGGAAGAAAUAGAGGUAGAUUAAAGUCGAGUCGAUCACUUGGGUUCGUCGGAGAAGUAAGAAAGUAUGGCUCGUUAUUUAAUUGUGUCAGAUUGUACACUACUUUUGGCAAUUUACUAAUUUAUCUGAAUCGCAAAUGUCAUCGCCGAUUUUUAAAUAUUUCGAUACAGAAAGACAUCGAUGAUAUAGGAAAUAAUAAAUUAAUUCUCUGAAGACAUAAAACACUUGGCUCGGGAUAAAGCUCGUAGUCCGGGCGUUCGAUUCGACUUUUGCCGCGCUCAUUGUAAAUAGCAAGUCCUAGAAGAACUGUAAAUAUACGUACACACCAGCACUAGACAGUAACUCCGCAUAAACACGGUGUGUAGCUCGUACUUGUAGAUAGUUUACGUUAAGCGGUGGGUUUCAGCCCGACGAACAACUAUUACGUGGCGGCAAUAUCGCGUAUCGAUCGGCCGUGCGAUCAUCGCAGCUGUAUUACACCGACAAAACGCUACAACGAGGCGGAAGCGCGCAUAAAAA